AUGCGACCGAAGAGUACAACAGAAACUACCUCACUUCUCACAACUUCAACAUCGGAUUGCACGGAAGAUAGUGUAACACCGGAACCAACUGAGAACAGUUGCGACAUAUUGAUAGAACCUGAGAUCGAAACCGGGGUGGUUGAGGGCAAAUUUUCGUGGUCAAAAUUAUGGAAAUACACGGGACCAGGAUUCUUGAUGUCAAUAGCUUACCUUGAUCCGGGGAAUUUAGAAGCAGAUUUGCAAAUUGGAGCUGUGGCUGGCUAUUCUUUGCUUUGGAUUUUAUUAUAUGCGCACAUUGCCGGUCUUCUGAUUCAAUGUCUUGCAGCUCGUAUUGGCACCGUUUCGGGUCAACACCUUGCACAGUUAAUAAGGGGUCAUUAUCCACGUCAUAUAUCAAUAAUACUUUGGCUAAUAACCGAAGUUGCGAUCAUAGGAUCAGAUAUUCAAGAGAUAGUUGGUACAGCAAUUGCUCUCCGAAUAAUUCUGAAGAUUCCCCUUUGGUUAGGGACGAUGUUGACGGCACUCGACACGUUUGCCUUCAUGUUGUUACAAAAUUAUGGGAUGAGAAAACUUGAAGCAUUUUUUAUGGCAUUGAUUGCUACAAUGGCAGUAUGUUUUUGGGUUGAGAUGUUCUUAAGUGGUGUUGAUGUUAAAGAAAUUGCAAUGGGAAUUCUUAUUCCUUAUGUGCCUCAUCGUGCAAUUAUUCAAGUUGUCGCGAUGGUUGGAGCUGUCAUAAUGCCGCACAAUUUGUACCUUCAUUCGGCAUUGGUAAUGACACGUAAAACCGACCCGUCGUCAGUUUCAAAACUCAAAGAAGCAAAUUUUUAUUUCGCCAUAGAAAGUGGGAUUGCUUUGUUAGCUUCUUACCUCAUAAACAUGGCGAUUGUAGUAGUUUUUGCCCAAGUAUUUUAUUCACCUAACGAAAACAAACCUUUACCGGGUUUAUAUGACGCCGGUAACGUUUUGUCAAACACUUUGGGUUAUGCAUCAAAAUAUUUAUGGGCUUUUGGAUUAUUGGCAGCAGGUCAAAGUUCUACUAUGGCAGGAACGUUAGCUGGUCAAUAUGUUAUAGAAGGAUUUUUCGGAAAAGUUUUAUCAAAACAAUGGUAUCGAAACGCGAUAACUCGUGGUAUCGCAUUGGUGCCUUCUAUGUUGGUAGCUGUAUACGCAUCUUUGUCUUCCCACUGCGAUAAUUCCACUACUUAA